UUUCGUGGGCUUGCUUCUGGUCAUUCGGGAUUGGCAUCCAGUUCAGGUGAGGCGGGACACGGUACCAACAACCAAAUUGGCAACGAUCAUUUGACCUGUGCAACAUCGUCUGUUGAAGAAUGCGGCACAAAUUCGUCAAAUUCCGAACAACCAGAUGGAGAAGCUGUGGCCGCUGAUCAGCUUUCACCCAGAAAACUUGUGGAAUCGAUUGUGGCAAAAUUAAGGGCAAACGGGAAAACGUGCAUAUUGCCGGUGAAUGACGAAGCAGCAAUGGAAGCAAUCGUAGAACCAUUCAAACUUCUCAUCGAUAUCGGUUAG